AUGAUGUUUAUAGAGACCCUUUGUAUCACGAGUAUUUCACAGAGGCAAUCUCAACCAUCACAAACUUCGAAGAAUUUGAAAUUAUCACAGUCUUCACAAAAAAAAUCUCAACCAUCACAGGCUUCGAAGAAGUUGAAAUUAUCACAAUCUUCACAGUCAUCUAAGCAGUUCAUCCUUCAGUUUCCUAAUCACAUCAGGUCAUAUAUUGAUGAUGUAGUUAAUGUUGUAUCAGAUGGUAAUUAUGGAUUUAGAGUCAUUGCUUCAUUGCAUGGAUAUGGUGAAGAUGGUUGGCCAAUGGUUCGUCGAGACUUGGGGUUGGAAAUAAUACAUAAUGAAAGAUCAAGUUUGUAUGCCAAUUUAUUUACUGAUCAGUUAGCAUUAGUGAGAGAAUCUUUGAUGAUAGAGGAAUUUGAUCCUCAACCACCAUAUAAAUGGUUAACUCUACCAGAUAUGGGUUACGUGAUAUCGAAUCGUUAUAAUGUUGUACUUGUCUGUUUAGGAAUUGAAUGCUGGACUUUCUUCCCUAUGACAACUUCAUUUUCACCAAAUGUAUCAAUUUACUGCAUUGGUUUUGUAAACAGAAAUCAUUGGGUAAACAUGAAAGAAGGGUUUCCAUUGCCACCAGUGACAGUAGAUUGGAAGAAGUUUCGUUCUCCAGCAGCAACAUCUUGGAUGAUAGGAUUUACAGGACGUCUACAACAUUGGCAACAACUUACGCCUAUAUUACCAACACAUUAUGAAUUAUAA